CUCCACAACUUCAAGUUUUUGUUUCCGUGGAAAACUCCAAGAAGAAAUUGGUUUUCAAUCACUGAAAUUGGGCUGUGCUGUGCACGUAAGCCCCCGGGAAAAUAAUGGCUCAACCAUACCAUCCGGCGGAGCUUCCCAUGUCCCAUAGCGCCAACGCCCAAUACACUGCAACUCAAGAGUAUAGCUCGAGGAAAUCCAGCCAGCAGCCUUCAGUAUACACGUGGUCGCCGCUCGGGGCGGGUAACUCAAAUCUCCGUGACACUGAUAACCCUGCUGUGCAUCAAUUCCCUGAGGGGGAGUUUGUUCCAUUUGGGUUCUUCGACAAGGUCGACAUAAAUCUCUUCAAAGAUACCCUCUCUCCAAGUGUGGACUGGAGAUACGAGAAGCGCAGACAGGUUCAUCAAAUACUUCCAUUCCUAUACCUGGGGCCCUGGAGCUGCCUCGCGGAUAGAGAUUGGCUCAAUCAAGAGGGAAUCACCCUGCUCCUAGGCAUCCGACAUAGUCAAUUGGCCAAGGCGGGUCUUCUUUCUGGAGCCAAGACAGCCGCCGCGCUUAAUAUCAUGACAGCCUCUAUUGAUUAUCAAGAUAAUCAAGAACUCAUUAGCAAUCUUCGUGAUGUAAUUAACGGCAUCAAUGAACACAUCGCGUCCUCGGUUCCCCUCGGCCUGAGCCGGAGCACCGAAAAGAAGGUUCUUGUAUUCUGUGAAACAGGCAACCAUUCGUCGGCUUUGGUGGUGAUGGCCUAUCUGAUGGUGAUGCUCAAUAUCAGUCCAAUGAAGGCCUUGGAUCUGGUCCAGUCGCAGCGAUUGAGCGUAAUCGUGGACGGGCCGGCGUCGCAGUUACUGUUGGCAUUUGAGGCUAUCAUCGUGGCCAAACGGGAUGUCGAAAGAGUGCGCCGAGCCAGCAUCUUGGAUACAUCGGCUUCCUCGAAGAAGCGAACCAAUAGCCGAGAUACUGACGACAUGGAUAUUGAUGAGAUCGAAUUUUGGGAUCUGGAGAGAAAACCACUGGCACCGUUCCAAGAUCGUUUUACCAACUGAUCUCCAAUGCUAUUCUCCGAGAGUAGUUGUCACAGGAAAUAGAUAGAUUGUGCUUGGUAGCGACAAG